AUGGGUUCCUCCACCACUGACGCCAUCUCGGCGCUCUCGCCCUCCCAUUUUGUGAACGCAGCAACUUUCAACCCGGUGGCCUUUCUGCUCUGUACCAUCCUCACGACGGCAGCGGCCUUUCAUCUUUACACAAAAACGACGAGACGAACGUACGGUUUACCUUUACCGCCGCAACCGCCAUCGAAGCCAAUCUUGGGCCAUUUAACGGAUUUAGUCAGUGAGAAUAAGGCACGGCGGUGGCAUUUGAAGUUGGAGGGAUGGGCGAGGGAGUAUGGUGCUAUUUUUGGGGUGAGGACGGGGUUUAUUGUUGAUUAUUAUGUCAACUCUGAUGUUUUGGUCAAGGAGCUUUUUGAUAAAAAGUCUGCGGUGACAGCGGAUCGACCUGUUUGGAUCAUGUCGAAUGAGAUUUUGAAUAAUGGGUUCAAUACCCUGUUCUUGGAUGCGAGUGAUCCGAUUUGGAAGAAUCAGAAGAAGGUGAUUCAGCAGCUUCUCGCGAGUCCCCAGCAGGCGGGGAAGAUUGUGCCGUUCCUAGAGUAUGAGACGAUGAGAUUCCUUCGCGAUAACGUCGUCGAGCCGGCAGGUGGGCUUUCGGGGGCUCGGCUUUCGAGAGGCAUUGAGCGGUAUACGUACAGCGCGUUCGCCAUGGUUAUUAUGGGCAUGGAUGUGCCUAAUGACGACGACUCGGUCAUCGACUUUCUUCAAGCUGUAGAUACCUUCCCCGGCGCCAAUAUCAUCGAUCUCGUCCCUUCUCUGGGGAAGUUACCGCUCUUUCUCAAGCCCUGGGAGAAAAGUGGGCGCGCGAGGUAUAGACGGGACCUCGCGUGGGGGAUGAAGCGAGUCAAGACGGUCGAAGACGCGAUGGCAAGAGGAGACUCCUCGUUCGAAGAGACUUUCUUGGGGUCAGCGCUAGCAGAUGAGAAGCUCAAGGGGAUGACGUGCAAGGAGGAGCUUGCGAUUUUGAGCUUUGCUUUGAUUGUUGCUUCUGCGGAUACUAGCCGGAUGACGACGUGGUCCUUCGUUGAGGCCAUGAUGCAGUUCCCCGAAGCUCAGGCUCGCGCACAGGAGCAAAUCGACAAGGUCGUUGGCGAUAGACCGCCGGUAUACGAGGACUACGCGUGCAUUCCUUACAUCCGCAUGCUCCUCAAGGAGGUAUGGCGAUGGAGGCCGCCGGUGGCGCUGGGACAUCCUCAUAUUACCUCACGGGAGGUGGAGGUUGGGGGCUACAGGCUUCCCAAGGGGGCGCGAAUUCAUCUUAAUGCAUAUGCUAUUAGUCGGGAUCCCGCGAGACAUGAGGAUCCUGAUCGGUUUUGGCCGGAGAGAUUUGAGCAUGAUGAGACUUCUACGAUGGAAAGCAUCAACGCGCAGGAUCCGACGAAGAGGGAUCACUUCGCCUUUGGAGCCGGUCGUCGCGUUUGUCCCGGAUACACCGUCGCAGAACGCUCUGCCGCCGUGACGAUGAUGCGCAUCCUUUGGGCGUUUAAGAUCCUGCCGGCCGAAGGGGCGGAGACGCCGUUGGAGUUUGCUGAUUAUGCUGAUUCGUUGCCAGGGAACCCGGGGAAGAAUAUGCCUGUGAGGUUCCUGUGUAGGAGUGAGAAGAGGAAGAGGGUGAUCCUGAAGGCGUUUGAGGAGAUGGAAGGUGGACGGGAGAAAAAGGUGAGUUUCCUAGAUGCUUGCUAUGGUGUCUCUUGGUGGGUGGGCGCUGGCUGA